AUGAAUGUUAGUACAAGUGCAUUAGGUGUUAGAAGAAGAAAGCCAACCACACAAAAUAUAGACGAUGAAGAGAACGCCGCCACAUUACUGUUGGGUCCUGAGUUCCAACUUACACAGUUAACAAAUUCAGGAGAAGAAGAGCAGUUAAUCGCGUUAAACUUAUCAGAGGCUAGAUUGUUGAUUAGGGCAGCUUUAAAGGAACGUAAGAAUAAAAACCAAGCGAACAGCGAAUUUGAUGAUGAAGACGAAGAUAAUGUAAAGGAAGAUGAAAUUUCAAAUAUGGAUUUAGCAGGGCCAAAUUCAAACGAAAUAAUGCAUAAGACAUUAAACUACUUAUCCAAUUUUUCUAGAUUUAAAAACUCCUCAUCCACAGAAACCGUUGAAAAAUUACUAAACGACUUUAAUUUUUCUACAUCAGAACCGUUACAUCCUUUCGAAUUAGCCCAGCUCGGUACCUUAGAAUGUGAAGAUGCAGAAGAAGCAAAAUCGUUGAUUCCAAGUUUGACUAAUAAAGUUUCCGAUGUUCAAUUGCAAACUCUUUUAACAGAAUUAAGGAAGUAUCAAACAUUAUCCUGA